CUCUUGCAAGCAAAACCAAAAUCUGAAAGAAAUUAAAAAUGGAAAGAAAAUCGACAAUUUCUCUCCCUCUUUCUCUUUCUUAGCUAAGGUUGUAAGUUGUAAGGCCUUUACAGACUGUACUUACCAUUUUCCCACCAGCCAUCUUUCUCUAACUCUAUCCCCUUUCCCCCAUUGUUGAAUUUAGUAAAAAAACAAAUCCCAUUGAGGUUUUUUUCCCCUCUCCUCUGAAAACCCUAACUUGCUCUUUGUCUGUCACGCAAAAGCUUCAGUUGCUGGGUUUUCUAAUCAAUGAAUUAAAUGAAUCUCUCUAUUUCUUUCGCUUUCUCUUCUUAUCUUCUUUUGUUACUGUUGUUUUCGGGAGUAGCCUCUGCAUCUGGCUUCGACCCGUCGGAGCUCCGAUCUUUACUCGAGUUCAAAAAAGGCAUCAAAACCGAUCCCUUUGAUAAGGUACUCUCCGUAUGGGAUCCGGAUUCCCGACCCGACCCUACUUCAUGGACCGGCGUCACCCGCGACCCCAAUUCUGGUUCUAUCGUUUCCCUCAACUUAGAUCGUCUCGGCCUUGUCGGAGACCUCAAGUUCCACACUCUCACUCCCCUCAAGAACCUCCAAAACCUCUCCUUGUCAGGUAACGCUUUCACGGGUCGGGUCGCACCCGCAUUGGGGUCGAUAACCUCUCUGCAACAUUUGGAUCUGUCCAAUAAUCAGUUCAUCGGCACGAUCCCUGGACGGAUCACGGACCUUUACGGGUUAAAUUACUUGAAUUUGUCGGGUAACAAGUUCGACGGUGGGUUACCGGCUGGGUUCCGAGAUUUACAGCAAUUAAGAGUGUUAGAUUUACACAACAAUGCGCUUCGAGGCGAUAUAGGCCAGUUAUUCACUGAGUUAAGGAAUGUUGAACACGUUGAUUUAAGUUAUAACGCGUUUUAUGGGGGCCUGUCUGUGGCAGUUGAAAAUGUGUCUAGUUUGGCCAAUACAGCGCGCUUUGUGAACUUGAGUCACAAUCAGUUGAAUGGUGGGUUUUUCAAAGAGGAAGCGAUUGGGUUGUUUAAGAAUUUGCAAGUUUUGGAUUUGGGUGAUAAUUUGAUUGCUGGGUCGUUGCCAAGUUUCGGGUCGUUGCCGGGUUUACGGGUUUUGAGGUUGGGAACAAAUCAGCUCUUCGGCCCGGUGCCAGUGGAGUUGUUAGAGGGUUCUGUUCGGCUGGAAGAGUUGGAUCUCAGUCGCAAUGGAUUUACGGGUUCAGUUCGUGUAAUUAACUCUACAACUUUGAAAGUUCUGAACCUUUCUUCUAAUCAGUUGUCUGGUGAUUUGCCUUCAUCUCUAAGAAGCUGUGAAAUAGUCGAUUUAAGUGGCAACACGAUCUCUGGUGAUAUAUCUGUUAUGGAGAACUGGGAAGCCUCUUUGGUUGUUCUCAACUUGAGUUCAAACAAGUUGUCAGGAAGCCUGUCAAACUUGUCUCACUUUGAAGACUUAAACACCUUAAAUCUUAGGAAUAAUUCCCUUACCGGUGCAUUGCCUCCUCUAUUGGUUACCUCUCCAAGAUUAUCUGUUGUUGAACUCAGUUUUAAUCAACUCACUGGGCCUAUUCCUGGUAGUUUCUUCACUUCUACAACAUUGAAAAGCCUGAAUCUUUCAGGAAAUCAUUUAAGUGGAGUAAUUCCUCUUCAAGGUUCACGUGUUAAUGAAUUACUUGUUAUGUCAUCUUAUCCGCAAAUGGAGUCUCUUGAUCUCUCCUACAAUUCUUUGACUGGUGGUUUGCCUUCAGAGAUUGGUAAUAUAGCUGCCCUCAAACUGCUGAAUCUUGCAAACAAUGACUUAUCAGGCCAGCUGCCUAGUGAAUUAAGCAAACUUAGUAAUCUGGAAUACCUUGAUUUAUCUGGAAACAACUUUAAAGGAAAAAUCCCUGACAGGCUUUCGACCAGUCUUAAUGGAUUUAAUGUGUCCUAUAAUGAUCUGUCAGGUCCUAUUCCGGAAAAUUUGAGAGGCUUUCCUCUAUCUUCAUUUUCUCCAGGAAACAGGUUGCUAAUUUUCCCUCAUGGCAUGCCAUCAGCAAACUCUGCUCAAGUUCAGCCCCCCGAUCAUGCAGGACAUCAUAACUCAAAGAGCAAUGUUAGAGUAUCAAUUAUUGUUGCCUCAGUUGUAGCUGCUGUAAUGAUUGUUUUUGUAUUAUUGGCUUAUCACCGAGCGCAAGUUAAAGAAUUUCGUGGAAGAAGUGGAUUUAGUGAAACAACUACUGUAGGUGAUGCUAAGUUGGGCAGGUUUUCCCGACCUUCUGUUUUCAAGUUCCACUCUAAUGUUCAAACACCACAAACUUCGUUGAGCUUUUCAAAUGAUCACUUGCUUACUUCAAAAUCUAGGUCAUUGUCUGGACGGCAAGAAUUUGUUGCUGAAAUUGUUGAGCAUGAUGCACCUGAGAGAGCCACAACCUCUUCGGCUUAUGUGAAUACUAAUCUUCUAGAUAAUGAGCCAACAACAUCUGGGAGGAAAUCCUCCCCAGGCUCUCCAUUACCAUCAUCGCCACAUUUUAUAGAAUCAUGUGAACAGCCUGCGAUAUUGGAUGUGUACUCACCAGAUCGUUUGGUUGGAGAAUUGUUCUUUCUGGAUACUUCUUUAAAAUUCACUAUUGAGGAGUUAUCUCGAGCUCCAGCAGAAGUUCUUGGCAGAGGCAGCCAUGGAACUCUAUAUAAAGCUACUCUGCGUGAUGGGCAUAUGUUGACUGUGAAGUGGUUGCGUGUAGGGUUGGUUAAAAAUAAGAAAGAAUUUGCUAAGGAAGUAAAAAAGAUAGGAUCUGUAAGGCAGCCUAACUUUGUCCCCGUCCGAGCAUACUAUUGGGGGCCGAGGGAACAAGAGAGACUUCUCCUAGCAGAUUAUAUUGACUGUGAUAGUUUGGCUUUGCAUCUCUAUGAGACUACUCCUCGGAGGUACUCCCCGUUGUCAUUUAGCCAAAGACUGAAAAUUGGCGUAGAAGUUGCUCGGUGUUUGUUAUACCUCCACAAUAGAGGCCUGGCACAUGGAAACCUAAAACCGACGAAUAUACUCCUUACUGACUCCAAUUACCAUGUUUGCAUCACUGAUUAUUGCCUUCACCGGCUGAUGACACCAACUGGCACUGCGGAGCAGAUAUUGAAUCUGGGAGCCCUUGGAUAUCGUGCUCCAGAGCUGGCUCUUGCAUCUAAACCAGUCCCAUCACUGAAGGCAGAUGUGUAUGCUUUUGGAGUGAUCCUGAUGGAAUUGUUAACGAGAAGAAGUGCGGGAGACAUAAUAUCGGGACAAUCAGGAGCGGUCGAUCUGACAGAUUGGGUUAAAUUGUGUGAUGAAGAAGGGCGGGGAAUGGACUGUAUUGAUAGAGACAUUGCAGGUGGGGAAGAACACACGAAAGCGAUGGAAGAAUUGCUAGCCAUAUCACUCAAGUGUAUUCUUCCUGUAAAUGAGAGGCCUAACAUUAGACAAGUAUUUGAGGAUCUCUGUUCUAUAUCCGUUUGAAUUUUUGUACAUUCAUCGUGGAAUAUUCAUUUUCCUCAUUCUCUUUGUUGAUUUUUUUUCAUAUUAAUUCUUCUUUUUUUUUUUUUUCCUUUUUUGGGGUUUUCAGCCUUGUGAUUUUGGGCCAUCACAUUUCUUUUCCUCUGGAAAUUUUUCUUGUAAAGUGACUACUAAUCCAUUGCCAUUGAUUAUUUGACAGUGUUUCCAGUUUGAUCAUCAAUUAAAAGACAUUGCAAAUUUUCUUUUGA